AUGCAGGCGUUCAAGCUUCCCCAGAAUGCGACGCGGCCUGGCCUAUCGUCCCCAUCUAUGCAGCACGGACAACAUGGACUUGAUCAUCUGAUGUCUCGCGGGAGGAUCUGCUCGAAUCCGGCAUCGCGCAGGCGCCGGGAAUACAGACGCCUGCCAGGAGGGCGUUUGCUUGACGGCCGCCCUUCGCUGGAUUCGUGCGUUCGGUCCGUGUCUCUGAAUGCGUGCCGGUUUGUGCUCUAUGACGCAUCAAGCCAUCUCUAUGGAACGAUCCUCAUCGCCGGCCUCAUUGACCCCCUCGUGUUCUCCCGCCUCGAGGAACCUGUGCAGCGCUCCGCGGCGCAGCAAACAAGCAAGCACUGGGCCCGUUACGACACCCUCUUCGACUUCCAUUCCCCGCUAAACCGCAAACGCCUAUUGUCCCAUCACCCAUCACUCUCCGCCACUGGCGCUAGCAGGAGCGCCCGCGCCCCGCGAACAAUGGACCCGUAG